AUGCCGCGAAAACGAAAAUAUGCUUCGUAUGAAGAAAUGUGUCUGCACAAGAAUCACCGUCGUAGGGAAGCUAGGGCGUCUAUGCUUGACCCAAUGGUUCAUACUAAAAAUCCAGCUAAACUUCAAAGCAACAAUAUUGUAUCAUCGACUCCAGUAUCGCUACUUUCUGAGAAUCAGCUGUCUGAUGCUUCAGAAAACAUAAGCCUAUCGCUUCCUAUGCCAUCCGAACAUGUCCUCAAAACAUCUGACAUACCUUCAGCAACCUGUUCAUAUUCUAACAACCAUGUCUACUGUGAUGUCAUAUAUGGACCAAGUAAUGGAGUUCAACAACAAACAGUGUUUCCUAGCUCUCAAAUGACCAGCAACAUGCCAAAACAAAAUGCUGGUAAUCAACAAAAGGUCAAAAAAAAAAACCAACGGAUUGAUAGGAUUCCUACUCAACCCUCUGUUUUACCUAUUGUCCAAGAUUGUGUUUUUUGUGGUGCUAAACGUUUCUACCUUGAGCCACCUGGUUUUUGCUGUGCUUCUGGUGAAAUUCAAUUAGUUGAGACAGAAAUGCCAGCUCAGCUAGCAAAACUGUACACUGCUAAUACUCCUGAAGCAAUUGAAUUUCGCCAAUGUAUCAGAAGCUAUAAUAAUAUGUUCGCAUUCACGUCUCUGGGAGUUCAUUCUGAUAAAGAGUUGAAUAAGAGAGACAGAGAAAUCUAUACAUUCAGAGUACAGGGGCAAAUGUACCAUUUUCUCAAUCCCCUGGUUCCAAUGGACGGCUACAAGCCAUCAAAUGUACAGUUAUACUAUUUUGAUACUGAGCAUGAAAUUGCGAAUCGGAUGGCCAUUUCUGAUAAAUUCCGAGAAACUAUUCUGGAACAACUGCAGCAAAUUCUGGAUCAUAAUCCCUACGCUGCAUUUUUUCGCAGUUUAAGAAGCUUUGAAGACAUUUAUAACCAUAAAGUUUUCUUAAACUCUCACCCUUCUCUAGACCAGCGUGUGUAUAACACUCCAACAGUCUCUCAAGUCGCUGCCAUAUGGACAGAAAAUGACCUUAAUAUAGGAGAUUCUUCUCAGCAUAUACAGGGCCAUGAUAUUCAUAUAGACCAUUGUUCUUCUGCAGAGGAAAUAAUUAGAGCUGAGAAUGCAGUUUUGCAGAAAAGAAAGAAAAAAAGGAGCACUGUCUCUUGUCGUGAAUACUAUUGCUACAAGUUUCAAAUGCGCCUAAUUGACAAAUCCUUAUUACUGCACUGUGGGAGACUCUUCCAGCAAUUCUGUAUCGAUACAUAUGUCAAGAUAGAAUCAGCAAGGCUGGAUUUUCAUCGGAAUAGGCAACGACAGAUCAGAACAGAUGUUUACCAAGGAAUUUUAGACAGCAUUUCAAAUGGAGAAACCUCUACAUCAAACAUUGGUAAACGAAUAUAUUUGCCUGCCUCUUUUAUUGGAGGCCCUCGAGAUAUGAAACGAAGAUACAUAGACGCCAUGACGCUGGUUCAAAAGUAUGGAAAACCUGACAUAUUCUUAACAAUGACUUGUAAUCCAGCUUGGCCUGAGAUCAAGAAGCAUUUAUCUAAUGGCGACGAAGCACACAACAGACCUGAUGUAACAUCAAGAGUAUUUCGUGCCAAACUAGAGAUGCUCAGAAAUGGUAUUAUCAAAAAAGGGCUUUUUGGCAAAGUUGCAGCAUACACGUAUGUUAUAGAAUUCCAGAAAAGAGGCCUCCCACACGCAUAUUUUUUGAUAAUCCUUGCAAAUGGAUGGAAAUUGGACUCACCUGAAGCUUAUGAUCGAGUUACAUCUGCAGAAUUACCGGAUCCAGCUUCUUUCCCUUACCUCCAUUCUGUUGUGGUUGCUCAUAUGUUGCAUGGACCAUGUGGAACAGCUAAUAAAAACAGCCCAUGUAUGAAGCAAAAUGGAAAAUGCAGAUUUGCCUAUCCAAAGGAGUUUGCUGAAUUCACAAGGCAUAACAAGGAUUCGUAUCCUCUAUACAUGCGCCGUCAUGAUGGAAACACUGUCACAGCUCGUCACUUCCAGUUUGACAAUCGUUGGGUUGUUCCCUACAAUCCAUACUUACUUGCCAAGUAUGAUUGCCACAUCAAUGUUGAAGUUUGUUCCACAAUUGAAGCUGUUAAAUAUAUUUACAAAUAUAUCUACAAAGGACACUCAAAGAUCCUAUAUCAGCUCAAUGCAGCAGAGAGUGAUGGAGCAGUUGACGAAAUAUAA